CUUCCAUCUCCUUCUUCAGUGUACAAUGAAGAACUCAUGAACAAGAUACAGGAGAAUGAAAGGCUUCAUAAACAGAGGGCAGAGAGUAACCAGAAGUACCAGAGUCGAUUGGAGGAGCUAGAGAAAUUAGUCAAGGACUAUGAGAAGAAAUUCAGUCAGCACCAAGAAGUAUUAGAUAACACAGUACAGAUGGACAAAGCCCAGAUAGACAAAUUACAGGAGGAAAAAGCCAUGCUGGAGGUCAAGUGUCAGACAAUGGAGAAGGAAAUCAAAACCUGCAGGUCAUGGACAGACAUUGCGGAGAACCAGUUGAAGACAGUACAGUUCCAUUUACAAAGACAAUUAGAGCAGGCCAACAAAAUCAUUGCAGACAAGCUGCCUUUCAUUGACACAACUAGGAUAGACUCUUGUUUUUCCUUAAAAAUAAAUCCACAGGGUUGUGCAUAA